AAAAGCGAAUCUUCCAGAAAACCGCGAGCACGCAGGAUCGCCGCCUCCGGGUAUAUCUUGUCCGCCAAGCAAUGGCUUUGCACAACCCCAUAUAAAAUCCCCCUGAAUAAAGAUUUGCUCUGAAAGUUGAUUUCAGAAACCGUAAACGAAUCGAAGAACUACGGUUCAGGACUCUGUUUCUGCUUGCAAUUAUCUGAAAAAUCUGUUGACAAGGUUUUUUUAUUGGAAUCCAGUUUUUUCUUCAGGUCUCUUGCAGAAUCAGUGAUGGCAUCACCUAUAAUAGUGGGUGCUGCUGUUGGAAGUGCUGCUUUAGGUGCCAGAUAUUUGAUGAGAGCAUGGGAAGCAUUUAAAGCUCGUCCUGUAGUUCCGCGUGCUCGUAGAUUUUAUCCUGGGGGAUUUGAACAGGUCAUGACGAGGCGGGAGGCAGCUUUGAUUCUUGGAGUGAGGGAGCAUGCCGUUAUAGAGAAGAUCAGGGAGGCACAUAGAAGAGUAAUGGUGGCAAACCACCCCGAUGCUGGUGGUAGUCAUUACCUUGCUUCGAAGAUCAAUGAAGCUAAAGAUGUGUUACUAAAGAAAGGCAGGUCACCGGAUUCUGCAUUCUGAUCAAUUUUCACUUCAAGAAAACAAUCGUUUGACUCAGAAAAAUAUUUCCAUCAUUUUAUACUAGCACAGCCUCGUGGCAUUCAUUAGAGUCGCUCGUCGAGAAGUGACACAUGGCACAAUGUUACGGUACUCAUGGAUGAAUUCAUAUACAGAUUGAUUAAUUUGUAUUUUAAUGACCCCAAUAAUCAGUGCAGCCAAUUAUACCCUCUGAAUGAAAGAGGAAAAUGUCUUCUUUUGCAUGUAAUACUUCUGUAUGGUUUAAAACCCCUGCAGUUUUAUGAAUUAUUAUGUGUUAUCUGGUGUAAAGUUAAUCCUGA